UACGGAGUGCGGAAGGAGGGCAGCUGUCAUCAGGACGCGGACAAAGGACAGAUUGCGACAUCGACUGCCUGGUACGAACGAUCUCCAGUUUUUGAGGAACCGACUGUCGUGUUUUUGUGUACGAACGGAGGCUUGUGACGGAAAAGAAUAUGCCUGGACAUAUGAAUCGCUCCAAAGCCAGCAAGAAGAUCCCUCUGGCCUUAUUUGGACUGGGGAGGGCUGGCAACAUCCACGCGAGGAACAUCGAACACAACCCCCACUGUGAGCUGAAGUACGUGGUAGAUGAGGAUGUGGAGAGAUGCAACCGUUUUGUGGAGGAAUUCAUGUCGGAAGCCAUUGUUGUGAAAGCAGCUGAGGCAGACAUUGUAUACAAUGACCCUGAGGUACAGGGUAUUGUGGUGACCUCCCCGACCUUUACCCACCCAGACAUUUGCCUAAAGGCCCUGAAGGCUGGUAAAGAUGUCUUGUGUGAGAAGCCAAUUGCUGCAGAUAUGAAGACAACUGCACUUGUCUAUGACGAGGCUGAGAAACAGGGCAGGAUCCUCUUGUGUGCCUUCAACAGGAGAUUUGACCCAGCACUUCUAAAUCUCGAGGAGCGGGUGAAGAAGGGAGAAGUUGGCCAGAUCCACCGUUUCAAGACAUCCAGCAGGGAUUCUCCAUUACCUUCCAUUGAAUACCUCCGCAUCUCAGGUGGAAUAUUCCAUGACUGUGCAGUGCAUGACAUUGAUGAAUGCCUCUGGAUCAUGAAAGAACUUCCAACACAGGUACACACGAUGGCUCACUGCUUCAGCCCUGCCAUAGCUGAGCUGGAUGAUGUGGACACUGUCUCCAUCACCAUGAAGUUUCCCAGUGGAGCGAUCGCAAGUCUGGACCUGAGCCGCCUGUCUACUUACGGCUAUGACCAGAGAACUGAGGUGUAUGGCUCCAAAGGUAUGCUGCUGAAUCACAACACGUCCCCAACUGGCCUGCACUAUUCUGACGAGAACGGGGAGACGGCACAGCCCAUCUACUACUCCUUCCCACAGAGAUACGCUGCCAGCUACCAGGGGGAACUGGUUCACUUCCUAAACCUCAUUCAAGGGUUGGAGGAACCCCGUAUAGUGAAGAAAGACACGUUGCUGAGCAGCCACAUCGCGGAGGCGUGUGAAGAGUCCCACAGGACAGGGCAGGCAGUGUCCCUGUCAUACGAUCACCUGAUGACAUCUCCACCUGCCCACGAGAAGGCAGUGGUGACUGACAACGGGUCUGGACCAGAGUGAAAGUCAUGUUGCUUUUAAAAUACCAUCCAUUAGGUCACACCAAUUUAAUUUGUUGUUUCUCAGAUUUUUUUUCUGAAAAAAUAUGAAGCAACAGGGAAAAAAGAAAUGGCCAAGGCACCCCACGAAGGCCAUAAAUGUUACAAUAUGAGCCAUGGAAUCAACAUACCAGGCUGGUUUAUAAUUAAAAGUUUAAACAUUAGAUUUUGAACUUUUAAUGAAACGAAGUUGCGUUGUUACAUUGAAAAAACUUUAACAAGUAGGAAGAAAAGGACUUUCUUCAACCGUUGGGGCCAAAAUAUGUCUUUCAUUGAGCAAUUUGCAGUUGAUUCAGAACCUAAGAUCUUUUUUUUUUCUUUUGCAAAUCAGAAAAAAAUGGACAGGGUGAAUCCGAGAAACAACAAAUUAAAUUGGUGUGGCCUUACCGGUACUUGACCGCAACACAAUUUUGAUAUUGGACUUGUAUCAAGUCUGCCAAUGAUUUUGACCAAUGCAUGACGAACAACAUGUAUGGUGUAACUUCCUGCAUUUAGUAGGAUUUUUGGUGUGAUGUAGAAUCGUAUUGGCAUUUUAUUGUUGCAAUGUCUUUGGAUAAUUAAUAUAUUUGAUAUAUCAUAUCAUGAGAAUUAUUUGUAUUUGAUUCAGCAAGUGAAAAGGGCUUGAUUAAGAUGUACAUCAGCAGAAUUACUUAAUAACAUGACCAUUAGGAUAGCCUCAAAUUGCAAGCUUUUAGAAUAAGAUAGUUCGGUGACAGCUUAGCAAUGUGACCUUUCCACUUAUAGCCAGCAAGUUCCCCUCAAUUCAUUCCAAGAAAAACCAGCUUGAAAACUACCGUGUACAUAUAUUGUGUCUGAUGUAAUUCUGUAUAAGGAUAAGGGAUUAUUACUGAUUCCAUCGGGUAAACUAUAUGCUGUGAAUCGCUAUACUUGAUAUGUCUUCUAAAUGUAACAUUAUAGUUAAAAUAGAACAGAAAGAAUGUCAUAGAACAUUAUACAUAAGGAGACAGUGACUGAUGCGAAAAUAAACACACAAAGACAAUCAUCUA